AUGGAGAUGACCGAGAUCAUCGUGUGUGGCUGCGGGCCAACUGGCGCUAUGCUGUCAGUCCUCUUGAGCCAGUACUCCAUACCCCAUGUUGUUAUCGAGAAAGAGAGCGAUGUGAAUGCAGAUCCACGUGGUAUCGCCCUUGACGAGGACGGAAUCCGCUACCUCCAGGCAUGCGGGAUAUACGACAAAGUAUUCACAGAGAUUGGCCAGUGCAUGCGCAAUUUCAAAUUUAUCGGAAAGGAGCAUCAUGACCUCACCGAGAAACCUUUCAUGACGAUGGAUUACAGUACGACCGAGGGCGGUACUGGCCAUCCAGGCUUCAUGUGUCACAAACAACCAUGCAUUGAAAAGCACCUAAGAUCGCAAAUUAAGGCGCUUGGUGUAGCUAAAAUCCAUCUAGGAGCACACGUCACGUCCAUUCAUGAGGACGAAGAUUGGGUAUAUGCAAACUACACCGAUGAAUCCAAUCAAAGUCGUACCGUCCGUGGCAAAUUUCUCAUCGGCGCCGAUGGCAAGACAGGUUUCACGCGCAAACAGUAUUUGGAGCCCCAAGGCGUCACGCUGGACCAAGCCAUGGCAAUGCCGUACGAGGAAGAAUGGGUUGCCCUCAAUUGGAAGAUUUCUCUGCCCACGCCUGAGACACAUCCCGAGUUUCCCCUCUGGGAGAAGGGCUAUACGCCCCAGCAAGUCUACGAUGAGUUUUUUCCUACCGACUUCCGCUUCAUGUGCAACCAUGUUCGGCCUGCCGUUUGCGGCCGCUUCGGUCUCGAUAGCGACAGACUUUGGCGUUUCGAGUUUGUGGUGAGGCCUGGUGAGGACCCCGUGGAGAUGGCCAAGCCAGACCAAAUUGCGGAGGUCGUCUAUCCCUAUAUAACUCAUCCAGGUAGUCGCUAUGGGCUACAAACGAAACAAAUCGUAUACCCGCUGGAUUGCGUCGACGUUCUUCGUUGUCGACCAUUCAGGUUCUCGGCAAGAAGCUGCAACAAAUGGUCUCUUGGCCGAGUGGUCCUCUGCGGAGACGCUGCUCACGUUUUCCCUCCCUUUGGGGGUCAAGGAAUCGCGUCGGCAUUUCGCGAUGCCGUCUCGCUGGUGUGGCGUCUGCGCAUAGCGACCAAUGUCUCUUCUAAAGGCAGGAGGACUCUGGAUUACCGGACCCUACUCCAAGGCUGGUAUACAGAGCGAAAGCAACAACUCGAUAAGUCGCUCCGUUCCACGGUUGAGAACGGAAAUUACGUUACGGAAUCUAAUAAGAUCAGAAUAUUUCUACGUGACUGGUACCUCUGGCUCAUUCAGCUCGUACCAAGCUGGAAACACUGGUUACAGCUGGGAAAUCGCAGAGAUGGGAUGACCAGGUAUCAGUGGCGUGAUCAAAUGGGAAUGGCCUUUUUACAUAUGCUUGGUGGCGGCGGGAAUUUCCCCCAAGUCUACGCCGUUCGAGUUUCUAAUACGCCGCGAAAUGAAAGGGUCUCCUUCACUGACGACAUCAUAUUCGGUCCUCAAAAACAGGGGCUUUUUCAGAUAGUUGUGAUUCUACAGCACCUCGAGAAUGUUGACAAGGUGGAGAUGGUUCUACGCGGCCUAGAAGAUCUAUCUGACGGAGCCCUCAAGGAUGGCGAAGCCACAGUCUUUAUCAACAAGACUGAAUCUAUGCCUUGGGACUCGAAAUGUCGACACAUCUACCGGCUCGCCACCGCAGCAGAGUUCGCCAACGACCCAAUUCUAAGUAAAGGAAGACCCGAGCCCAAGGGCUAUGAUCCGCAUCGCAUGUCCAAGGAAGUAGGGAACAAGACUUUUGUUAUUCUACGUCCUGAUCGGUUUGUUUUCGCGGCCUGCGACACAAGGUCUGAUCUGGCCUGCGCAGCUCAAAUGCUUCGCAAGCUUGUUGCCACUGGGACACUAUAG